AGUAUUCACAUACAUCAUCACAUUACUGCGUAAAACAAAAACAAUCCAAUGAACUCGCGAAGCCACAACCUCAACCCCAUGCACAUGGACCAAACCCUCCACAACGUCACCUUCCACUCUGACACCAUCCUCCACCGCAAGAACCUCCUGGUAGGCCUGGGAAUCGAGUGGCGGCCCAACAUCAGGCGCGACAUGAACAACCCAGUUGCCACCCUCCAACUCUGCGUGGGGCGUCGCUGCCUCGUAUUCCAAAUCCUCCACGCGCCGUUCAUUCCGCAUUCCCUUGUUUCGUUCCUCGGUAACUCAAACAACACGUUUGUUGGAGUAGAGAUCGAAGGUGACGUGCAGAAACUUCUAGAAGAUUGUUCUUUCCACGUGGCCAACUUCCUUGAGCUUCCAUCCCUCGCUGUGGAGAAGUUUGCUGACCUUGAGUUGAAGGGCGCUGGGCUUAAGACAUUGGGCCUCCGAGUCUUGGGCCUGGAGGUUGACAAGCCGAAGAAGAUUAGUUGGAGUAGGUGGGAUAAUCUGUGGCUCACUGCUGAACAGGUGGAGUAUGCUGUUGUUGAUGCAUUUGUAUCUUCUGAGAUUGGACUCCGUUUGAGUUCAAAUAAUUAACGGGGUUUAGUUCUUUUA